AUGUCUCCUCGUAAAUGCGUAAUCUUUACAGCCGCCGCAAUGGCGAUUUUGGCAUUUGUAAAUUUUACUGAUGCGGUGCCGAUGGUGAAACGUGCAUUUUCCGGCGAUGGAACUUUCUAUAAUUGUGGUUUGAGCGCGUGUGGCGGUACAUAUCAUGAUAGUGAUUACAUUGCUGCCUUAAAUAAGCCGCAAUGGGGAAAUCCAAUCAACCCAAAUAAUAAUCCUAUUUGCGGUUCGGUGGCAAGAGUGACUGGUCCAAAAGGCAGUGUCACGGUUACGAUAGUGGACCUCUGCCCAGAAUGUUUGUUUGGUAGUCUCGAUCUUUCACCGGCUGCUUUUAAUCAAAUAGCAGACCAAUCUGCAGGUCGUGUUCCUAUUUCAUGGGAAUUCACCAGUGGCGGUGCACAUCUACUUCCACAUCUACUUCCACAUCUAGUUCCACAUCUACUUCCACAACUACCACAUCCACGGCAAGUUCCAUUCUUGAAUCCAAAAGCCACUUUGCCGAAUGGAGUCAAUCCGUUGACUCAUACCAGUGAUUUCUUGAAUGUGAAUCCGACUGAAGCAACGAAGACUCCUUCCCCAGGCAACAAAAAGAAAACUCAUUAA